GCCCAGGCAGGACUUAGGGGCGGGGACGGAGCUUUGCGUCAUCACUGCGCGCCCAGCCGAGAGCUUCGGCCGAAGGAGAGGAAAAGGAAGGGAAAGGCACUUGGAAGAAGAAGCCGCUGGGUGGACCUUUGGAGUCAACAUGGGGGGAGGCGACCUGAACCUGAAGAAGAGCUGGCAUCCACAAACCCUGCGCAAUGUGGAGAAGGUCUGGAAGGCAGAACAGAAACAUGAAGCUGAACGGAAAAAAAUUGAAGAGCUGCAGCGUGAGUUGCGUGAGGAGCGAGCACGAGAAGAAAUGCAACGCUACGCAGAGGAUGUGGGCGCUGUCAAGAAAAAAGAUGAGAAGCUGGACUGGAUGUACCAAGGGCCUGGGGGCAUGGUGAACAGAGAUGAAUACCUCAUGGGUCGCCCAGUUGACAAGUAUGUCUUUGAAUCGAUGGAAGACAAGGAAGGAGGCUGUUCUUCUGAGACUGGCCUCCUGCCAGGCUCUAUCUUUGCUCCCACAGGUGCCAACUCUGCCUUGGAUAUGGCUAGUAAAAUUCGAGAAGAUCCACUUUUCAUGAUAAGGAAGAGGGAGGAAGAGAAGAAACGUGAAGUUCUGAACAACCCUGUAAAAAUGAAGAAGAUCAAAGAACUGUUGCAAAGCAGUUUGGAAAAGAAGAAGAAGAAGAAGGAGAAGAAAAAGAAGCACAAAAAACACAGACAUCAUAGUCCUAGCAGCAGCGAAGAUGAACAAACUAAAGCCAGGUCACAGGAGAAAAUGAAUAAUUCUUCCUCAGAGCCUUUUCAUCCCAAAAUACCAGGAUAUGGUUUGCAGAUUCGAGAUGAUGCUGGCCAUGAAAGGACACUUUCCCACAAGGCCCAACAGAGUUCUAGGUCAGAGAACCGGUGCCUAUCGCCCCAGAGGCACUCUGGCAAGAGGAGCUCAUCUGAGGUGGAGUUGAACAAUCGUAGGAGGUCAAGGUCACCUCCUAGACAUAAACAGCACAACCACAAAGAACGGAAAGCAAAAACUGGAUGCAGGAGUCCUUCCCCCAAGAAAGAAGGCUACAGAAGAAAACAGACUUCGGGGUACUCUAGAAAACUUUCAGCAGAAGAGCUGGAGCGGAAACGGCAAGAAAUGAUGGAGAAUGCCAAGUGGCGGGAAGAGGAAAGGGCAAACAAUGUAAACAAACACAGAAAAGAAGAGGAACGAGAGCGAGCACUGGAGAAACUUGACAGUCGGGAUGGGAAGUUCAUACAUCACAUGAAGCUGGAGAGCGCCUCCACUUCCUCUCUUGAGGACAGAGUCAAGAGGAACAUUCACUCUAUCCAAAGGACAGCAGCAGCCCUGGAAAAAAAUUUCAUGCAGAGAUGAGAUGGUUUUGUCCUCCUUCACUGGCCCACAGAGGACUUGCAUAUUGGGGGGCAGUUUUUCCCUCAAGUUGAUGACGACAAAGGCAGCAGGAGCUUGAAUAUACAGACUGAUAUCAAUGAAACCACCUGAGCCCCAGCCAUCUUUCCCUUUCCUGUAUGAGGGGGCUUGCACCUAAACUUAAUGAGGGAGUUCCCUCAGCUCAAUUGUUAAAGUAUGCGGGCCAGUCUGUCUAUGAGUGUGAUGUGCUUCUCUAAAGCUGUUUGUCAGCAGCCUUGUCCUUUAUUUGAUGCUGAAUAAUUUCACAGCAGUGAAAUUUGAUGCUUCAUGAUUCUUGCAGCAGUGUAGAAAGGCUAGGGCUAGAAGAUAUAGGCAACGAGGCACUAGACAAUGGAGGAGCCACCUCCUAUAAACAUCCACACAGAGUAGGCAUGAAGGAUGUGGAGCAGGGUGUCAGAAGAGGAGUUUUUUUUUAUUCCUGAUGAAACACAUCUUUGUAAAAAGCAGGGCUUUGAAAAACACUUGUUUCAUUGGCUGAUACAAUUCUGUUCUUUUUCAGGUUUUUAAAGAUAUCAACCUAUUUGAAGUUUAGACUUGUCAAAACUGUAGCAAGGCCCUGAGAAGGAUGCUGGGCUUCUAGUUGAUCUUCAUGUGUGCUUCUCUGUUUUGUUAAGGUUUCCCACAACCCCCAGACUUCACUCUAGUAGCUUUGUGUCUUUUAAACAAGUCUCUGUUCCUCUCCUAGAGGAAGGUCUGUUUUAUUUGUCUUUGUCUCAGAGAAGCACACUUCUGCCCAUAAAACAGCUUCUGGACAAGCUUACUUUCCUGGAGAACAGGCAAAGCGCCACACCUGACUAAACUGAACUUUAGUACAUCAGUCUUUUGUAUAUUGCUCCAUGAUGAUAGCUAAAUGUUGGACUGUAUAAUUGGCUGGCUUUUAAAAAUAUUUUUUCCCCCUUUUAAGCCACUGCUUAACUUUUUUAAAAAAAUUGGGGUUUCUUAAACAGUUUAUAUUACAGGCCAGAGAUAACUCUGUGUAGCAGAUGGAAAAAGGCAUCGUAAAAUUUCCCAGUCCCCUUAGUGGCAGCUAGCUUUGGAAGCAGGCCGUUUUGGUGUCAGAAAGGAGAUUGAGUCUGUCUCUCAAAGCAGCCUGCCUUCAAGAACAUCCACCACUCCCACCUCCAAACUUUCUCAAACAGCUCUAGGAGAGCUAUAGUGAGGAAUCCCCACGCAUGGCAGAUGUCUGCCUCUGUAUGAUCCCCUGCAGACACCAUCCCACAAUUCUUCAUAAUGUGAGAGCAUUAACACAAGGAACUGAGGUGGUAGUUUAGCCUAGGGGGCAGUGUACCCUCUAACAGGAACUCCCAGAUGUUGACUACAGCUCCCAUAAUCUCCAAGCAAAACCCAUUGCAGCUGGGGAUUCUGGGAGUUGUAGUCAGAAUCUAGGAAUCUCUGUUAAAGGGACUGCUAGGGGCUAUCAGACCUGCCCUGCUCUGCUUCAUACCAUUGGGAAUUAUCAUGUCUUUGUAAGGAUAGUUCUUAAACUGAAGUUUUCCAGUAUUUUUCUUUUAAAUAUCAGAGGGUCGUUUUUAAUAUCUUGUUUGCCAUUGUUCAUUGUAAUAACAUUCCUUUUUUAUCAGGGAGAGAUGGCUGUUCUCAUCUAAAAUGUUAAACUAUGGGGUGGGGAAUGAUUACCAUGAUGGUAUUCUCUACAGAAAAGAAGGCCUAAUCUUUUCACAGUGUUUGGAUGUAUUUAAUUUAAGGCACAUCCACUUCUGUUCUGUCAGAGCUCUUAUAGGGGAAAGAGAGCAGGGGCUUGGUCAAACUUCUACCCAUCAAGCAAAAUUGAUAAAUUUAGAUUCCUUCUGCUACUUGGGCUUUCCCUACCCAAUUUGCUCCUUGGGCUAUGGCACCCUGCCUCCAUAGUUCUCUUCUUGUCUCUCAGUCCUGCAGGGCCUCUUCUCUCCUUAACUUCCUGCCUCUGAUUUCUUCAGAUGUUCAGCAGAGGAUCCCUCCUCUCCUUCCCUUCAACUACCUUUCCCAUCUUGCUUACUUAGUACACGAGACAGCGAUUCCUAGCCCUUUGCCCCGUAUACAGUUUUGCCUCCUCUGUGAAAUGGGAAAUAUGUUUCAACCUUGUGAAAUUUUACAAUAUGUGUAUUGCAUUCCAGUAAUACAACUUUGUGGUUAUCUUUGAAA